UAGGAUCAUACCUACCACCUGAGGUGAAUUUACGAUCUACGCCUUGACCCAAGAACGAAUUAAUUCAUUAAUACCCGAUGAUAUCCCACCAUUUUCUAUCUUCCUUCAUACGCAGGUGUUCAACUACGUCAAUUGAAGACUUAUCACCCCAAUAUCAAUGUCUCCAAAAAAGAUGCAAUAAUAAGUAAGGAUUCUUCUACAUAUAUAAAACCAUUGCUAAUACGAUCCUAAGACAAAUUUCAUUCAUUUGAACAAAAACUCACCACCACAUUCCCUUCGACCCAUAUAAAAAACCAUGCCACCUCAUCUUCAUCCCCGCUCAAAAUUUACCUCCUCCCUCUUCGCAGGCACCCUCUUUGCUAGUUUCUUCGUAGUAGCGCUUCCGCAUGUUCUCCCGUGUCCAGCACCGCGCGUUGUAUAUGCGGAUGAUGGGUCCGGAUCACAGAGGCCGAGGAGGAGAAGGCGGAAAUGUCCUGUUGAUGAGGUGGGGGAGCAGGGUCAAGAACAGGCACAGGACCAGAGUGCAUUGCAGGUUGAGCAGGGAGAAAGAGGGGGAGUAAGUGGAUACAAGGAUUUUAAUGAGAAGAUACGGGAGGAAAUGGGUGGUAGUGGGGAAUCGGAUGAUGGGGAGGAAAUAGAAGGGAGGAGGAAAGCGAAGCGCGAGUGUCCGGUGCCGAAACCUGGGGGUGUUAUUGGGGGGAUCUUGGGUUUUAAGUCGAGUGUUGAGGAAAAAGGCUCGAAACCACCGUAGCGAAGGAUAUCCUUUUGGACCGAUUUGAAUAGAAAAGGUGGGAAUUGAAUACAAAUAUCCCGGGAAUACAAAGCAAGAGAUGCCCAAUGGUCAUGUACCGGAGAACAGUAUAAGAAUACUUCUGGCGGUGGACUGAAUCUUCUUUACCCUCCCAUGAAAGCGCAAAUUCAUUAAAAUCAAGGUUAUCACUGGUAUAUUUUAAUCUUUCGGUCCCGAUGCAUGGCUCUUGGACAUCUCUUGCGCAGAAUAUAUGCAGUAGGAUUGUAUAUAUGGUACCACUCAAUGUACAUUAUGAUCUGAUAUCGAGUUUAUAAACUCUCCCAUCAAAGAUGGCCACUGGUUGGCUAACAAACAUUUGGGUGGUUAUGGACUUUACAAAUCCAUGUACGCAUGCCUCGGUGAAACGCUCAUGUAUUGUGGAUCCAAGCAAUGAAAUAAUGGAUCACAUUGUAAAUUGGUUCAGUUCUUUUUAUUUGUCUUAAAAACAAUUUCAACUCACGAAUUCAUACC